UAGUGUGCAACAGCAUAAUCCCGUUUUCUCCGCCCUUACUGAAAGACAGGUGGUGGGAACGAAAGCCCCUGCCUAUGAAACAGACUGCUUCCAAGAGCAAUGUUGACAGCCGUGUGCCGCUCCUGUUUCCCCGGCGGAAUGUGUUGCAUCCGACCGCAGAAGGCGUCUGGCAGCUGAAAUAAAACUUGGCGAUUGUGGUGAAACAUAGACUGCCAUUAUAUAGCUCAUUCGCUGCAGUGCAGAUUGUGGGGGGUUUCUUUUUUUCGCCGAAGAAUGGGGGUCACCUUUAUAAUAGGGAAAAAUCCAGGCGGAAAUCUUUGAGUGUGCUGGAAAUUGUAUUUCUAUUUGCAUUCAGCUGGAAGAAACUCGCCGAGUGCCAUGGCUUCAAGCUCGGGGAAGGCAACGCAGUCCUCUGGAGCUUGCAACGGGACUGCAGCAGACUUCCCUAACAUAGAGCAGGAGCUGUAUGAUUAUCAGAUGCACACUAAAAUGUGUAAGAAAAUAGCACAGCUUACCAAGGUCAUCUACUCCCUGAACACUAAGCAGGAGGAACACGAGGCUGCCCUGCAGUCGUUGCGUGAGGCGCACCAGCAGGAGGUGCGCAGGAUCGCCGAGGAGGCGCAGGGGAAGCUGGUGCCGAGCAAAGGCCGCCUGGAAGGGGAGAUCGAGCUGCAGCGCCGCCUGCAGGUCCUGGAGGACUCACUGGAAGUGGAAAGCCGGCUCAAAGAGGAAAUCCUGGCCGAUUUUGACAGCUACCGUCGGCAGGUGGAGGAGGAGGGCGUGAGGGUGGAGGCACAUCACACCGAGCGCCUCGCUGCCGUCUCGAGGGAGGCCUUGGACGUCAGGGAGGAGCUGGAGAGCAGACUGCAGGAAGUGACCUCCCUGAAGGAGCAGCUGGAGGAGGAGAAGGAGCAUGCCAUUUCGGAGCUGGAGUUGGCCAGACAGGAGUGCCGGGGUCUACAGGAGGAGUGCCAGGAGCUGCGGCGGAGCAUCCUGGAUGAGCGGGGCCGCCUGGAGGAGGCGUGCCAGGCAAGUACGCAUGCUCUGCGUGAGGAACUGGAGACCCUGCAGGAGGAGAGGCGCGACCUGGAGGAGCGCUGCCGGAGGACGGUGAAUGAGCUGAAGGAGGCGCAGCAAGAGGAGCAGGAGACUCUGAGGAAGACCCUGCAGCAGUCCCUGGCUGAGAAGCUGAACCAGUGGCAGCAGAGGGAGCUGGAGCAGAGGACCACCCUACAGGCCUCGCUGCAGCAGAAGCUGAAGAAAGCUGAGGAGGAGCUGGAGGCCAAGCAGCAGAGACUCAGCGAGAGCAGGAGGCACUGCCUGAAACUGCAGGAGAGAGCCAAGGAGUUGGAGGGCCAGCUGGAGGAGGCGCGGCACAGGGUGGCCGAGGCAGAAGGCGGAGCCAGGAAGGUGGAGGAGGAGCUGGCCGUGGCCAAGGAGCGGCUGCUCCUGCAAGAGAACGAGCUGCAGAGCAAAUCAGAGGAGCUGGUGAGCCAGUGGUCAUCGCAGAGCAAAACUACUGCCGAGGCCGAGGAACUCCGGGGGCAGGUGACCCGGCUGCAGAGUCGGGUGAAGGAGCUGGAGGUGCAGAGCAGUGGGAAGACGAGCGACCAUGUGCGACAGGUCAAGCAGCACGCGGAGGCCCUGGUCACCCAGCGGCAGGAGCUGCAGAGGGCGCACGCCGAGGAGCUGCGGCGGCUCAGGCAGCAGACGGAGGAAGAGCGUGCCCGGCUCAGGGAUCAGCUGCGGAAGGGCCUGGAGGAGGUGAUGAGGAAGCACGCUGGCGAGCUGAGGACCGCUCAGGCCUCUGCCGAUGCAGAGAGGAAGAAGGCACAGAAGGUCGGCAGGCGGCGGGCAGCGGGGUGCAUGCGGCAGGGUGAGCUCCAGAUGCAGACGGAGGAGUUCAGAAAGAGGCACGAGGAGGAGCGGCGAGAGCUGGAGAGGGAGAAGGAGGUCCUGUGCGCCAGGCUACAGGAGUCCGUCCGCGAGAUAUCCCGUCUGGAGGCCAUGAUCCAGCAGGCCGCAAGUGUCGCGCCUCAGACGGAGCUGGCGCCACCUAGUGGGGAGCUGGAGCAGGUGCAGCGGACGGCGGCGCGGAUGAAGGAAGACCUCGAGUCACAGACUGAAAAACACCAGGCGGAGAUCUCGACACUCCGGAAGGAGAUGGAGACCCUGGAAGAGCGGAUUUCAGAGCAGGCUGCGAGGAGUCAAGAGGAAAAAAUAAGGGCAGCAUGUGAGAGCCUGAGGAAGGAGCUGACAGAACAGCACCUCCUGACCCUCAGCCACCUCCAGAGGGAGAAGGAGGCGGAGGAGCAGCGGAUAAACGAAAGCUGGUGGAAGAAAGUGCAGGAUCUGCAGUCCCAGUUAGAGGAGGCGAACAAUGCCCUGAGUACCGAGAUCAGAGACAAAGAAGAUCUGCAUCCUGACAACGACCAGGACAUCCUGAAACAGAGAUGCCAAGAGAACGUGAAGCUGAACUAUAGCCUGAAGGGGUCAGGGCUUCAGGAGAAGGGACUGCUAGCAGAACAGCCCGACAUAAAGGAGCUAGAGGAAGCAUUCCGGCGGCGACACGAGGAAGCACUCCGGGCCGAGAGGCACAGCCACCAGAUGGCACUGCGGGCGCUGGAGGAGCGGGCGCAGGCGGAGGCGCAGGCGGAGCGACUGAGGCAGCAGACGCAGCAGAAGCUGCUCCUUGACAGACAAAAAGCAGAGCUGACGCAACAGCACGCAGACUGGAGCAAGCAGGUCACGCAGAGGCAUAUGCAACAGAUGGAGGACCUGCAGGCAGAGCUGCGCACGCACACAGAGCUGGUGGCCCUGCAGCAGGACUUCAAGCAGCAGAACCAGGUGCAGGCCUUCGAGAGGCAGCUUGACGAGUGCCACAGCGAGGUCCUGGGCCUAAAGCGGGAGAACAGCGAGCUGAAGGAGCAGCUGACUGCCCUGACACAGGAGCUCUGCCAGAUUCAGGGCAUGGAUCAGCACCAGAGGAGGUCCCGGGAUGAGGAGAUGGACUGUCUCAAGAGAGAGCACCGGAAAGCGAUUCAGUCUAUCAUGGCGGACUUCAGCAGUGCUCAAACACGACUACAAGCGAGAAUCGUCACCUUGGAAACAGAAUUACGGGAAAAGGAUGAGAAAUCAAAGGGCCGUGAAUCCCGAACUGAGGAUCUGCACGUAAUUGGAAAACUACAUGAAAGACUCAAUGAACGAGAACAAGUAAUUAAACGACUACUUGAAGAGAGACAUCAGCUGCAGCAACAUCUCCAUGUGCCCAGUGACAAUGUGACCAAGGCCUACGAGAACAGGCCCCAACCGGGGAGCUUGACCCCCACAUUGAGGAAGAAAAAUAUGGAGGAGAAGCCACCUCGAGUCACCAGCGUCCCAAACCUCACCUUAUACGAGAAAGGCUUCCUGAUACCGGACUCCAUGCCAGGGGCUCCCUGCCACCAGACUGUGAAGUCCCCGAGUUUCGAGUACGGCCGAAAUGUGUCCCGAACUGGUACACCCACUGGCACUGCCACCCUCAUCCCAGAACUCAGACAGGGGGCGAGAUACAACAGAUCGCCCUCGGAGGAGGCACAUCAAGCCCUCGACAGCUACAGUCAGCCUCCCAGGAACCCGUGCGAACAGAGGCUGCUGGAAUCUGGCCCUGAUGCACAGGAUCCCCAGCCACAGGAGUGGUUCACGAAAUACUUCUCCUUUUGAACAGAAGUUUCCGGAAAGCAUCCAUUUCAAAAGCAGUAAAGUGAAACACUACGCCAACGCUCCCUUCCAACUUUGUGUCAAGCAACAGUGUAUCUAAGCUGCAAUUGUUUGUUUUCCCAUUACAUACAGGAAGCUAAAGUUGGCUGCGGACAGAAUGGCAACGUGGCUAGCUUAGCGAAAAGGUUACUUCCUGCAGCGUUACAUAAUCAAAUAAAACGGCGAUAUAUAAGAAAUCUUAAACA